AUGGAAUGGACUUUUGCCGAGAACAAGACAUUUGAAAAUACCCUUGCAGAAUUGGGUCUUGAAAACCCAAAUUUGGUCCAAGAGAUUGCCUUAAGACUUCCAGGAAAAACAAUUGAACAAAUCCAAACACAUUAUGAUGCCUUGGUGAAAGAUGUUGAGAUGAUUGAAUUAGGUCAUUUUGAUGAAACACUUGAAAAAUAUGGUGGAUGCACAACAUCUCAUAUUGUUUCUCAUGACGACCCACAUGUUUCGCUGAACUCUUAUAAUCCACAAGCACAACCUCAUCGAGUGCCAAGGAGGAGUCCCACCCCCUGGACUGAUGAGGAACAUGAGUGA